AUGGAAAUCGAGAACAUCGUCGCCAACACAGUCUACAUCAAGGCCAGAGAAAGUGGUGGCCAAAAGAAAGGGAAAAGCAAAAAAUGGAAGAACUAUUUGCAAUUUCCACACUACAUUGAUUGUCUUUACUUGAGAGGACAAAUCGAAUGCAACUAUGGGUACAUCGUCGAACGGCAACCGAUCGGCAAACUCCUUUUCCAGGAAUUCUGUCAAUCCACCGAGCAAUACCGGCUUAGCUGUCUUUUCAUAAAUAAAGUCGAAGAGUAUGAGACUUCGGACGAUGAUGGAGAAAUUCGAAGGAAUCUCGCGAAAACCAUUGCAACAAUGCUUUCCACGACUGGAGAGGUUCCAUCGUCAUCAACCGAAGAACCCUGGUGGUCAUUUCUCCCGUCGGAAGCGGUGCAAAGUGUGCUCUCGGCGGCUGACUCGGCCACCCACGAUCAAACGCCAGGAUCAGAGAUUUUUGCUGAGGCUUGCAAACUCGUUCGCGUUUUUCUCUCGGAAGCCCCAUUCAAAGAAUUCAUCGAUUCGGUGUAUUUUCGGAGAUUUCUUCAAUGGAAAUGGUUAGAAAAGCGUCCAGUCGACAAGCACACAUUUCGCUUGUAUCGAGUUCUCGGCAAAGGCGGUUUCGGUGAAGUGUGCGCGUGUCAGGUCCGAUCCUCCGGCAAGAUGUACGCGUUGAAGAAAUUGGAGAAAAAACGGGUAAAGAAGCGACACGCAGAGACUCUAUCGCUGAAUGAAAAGCAAAUUCUGCAGAGGAUCAAUUCCCCUUUUGUGGUCUCCCUCGCGUACGCCUAUGAGACAAAGGAUGCUCUGUGUCUUGUGCUCACAUUGAUGAAUGGAGGCGAUCUCAAAUUUCACCUUUACAAUAUCAUGCCUGGGGGUUUCGAAGAGAAACGGGUACAAUUCUAUGCGGCUGAGAUCACCCUCGGACUGCAACACUUACAUCGAGAACGGAUCCUGUAUCGAGAUCUCAAACCCGAGAAUAUUUUGCUUGAUGAUUUUGGCCAUGUUCGAAUCUCGGACCUCGGACUGGCUGUUGAGUUGAGAGACAACGAGCCGAUCAAGGGACGAGUGGGAACUGUUGGUUACAUGGCCCCCGAGAUCAUCAAGAACGAGCGCUAUUCGUAUGGAGUUGAUUGGUGGGGAGUCGGGUGUCUCAUCUAUGAAAUGAUUGAAGGAAAGGCUCCGUUCCGACAACGAAAAGAAAAAGUGAAACGAGAAGAAGUGGAGAGAAGAGUGAAAGAAGAUCAAGAGAAGUAUUCGGACAAAUUCUCCGAAGCUGCGAGGACAUUGUGCAGAGGCCUUCUACACAAAGAACCAUCGUUUCGCUUGGGAUGUCGACGAGUGGGAAAACCGGAAGAUGGAGCUGAAGAGAUGAAAGUGCAUCCAUUCUUCACACAAGGAGACGCCGAUCGAGGCAGAGAACCGGUGCCAUGGAAGAAAAUGGAAGCUGGAAAGUUAACACCUCCAUUCUGUCCGGAUCCGAGAGCUGUUUAUGCAAAGGACGUUCUCGACAUCGAACAGUUCAGCACGGUGAAAGGAGUACGAUUGGAUGCCUCGGACACUCAAUUCUACGGGAAAUUCAACACCGGUUCUGUUUCGAUUCCUUGGCAAAAUGAGAUGAUUGAAACCGAGUGCUACACCGAGUUGAACGAGAUCUACGUGAAUGGAGAAUUGGCUUUCAAUCUUCGUGAUGACUGUGCCCCUGGGGAACCAGGCGCUCGAAACGGUGUCUCCAGCGGGAAACCGGGUUUCUUCUCGCGACUCUUCAAGCGAAAGACGCCCCUCUCCAAUGGAAACCUACUCAGCGCCUGUGCAAAGUGUGGCGCUGCGGGAACAAAGUGUGAAUGUGGAAAUAAAGUAACGAAAUCUUUGCACGAUCUUCAGCUGGCCACCGAGAACAGCUCCGAUGAUUUCGGGAAACCGAGGGCCGCGUCAACGAGUGGGAGACCUUCACUGCCACACGCAAUUCCUAGCAGUAGUCAUGGA